AUGGACCUUAGCAGAGGAAGCAGUGUAUACUCUACCGAUCCUAGUCGCAAGCCGACAUACCUCAACUACCGAAUCAGUCUGGAGAGCAACAGUCGACCAGGAUCUUCGAUGGCAUCCAAUACCGCCAAGGAGUACGUCGAAUCGAUAAGCUCCCUGUCUUCUCAAGCAACCGGUGCGACUGGCCCACAAGCACUCACGCCUAUCCCGCAAUCACCAAACCAUUCACGGCAAGGCAGCUAUCGCCCGUCAUACAUGAAUCAUGCCAACGGCGCGUCGUCGGUAUCACUAUCGAGUCAACCGAAGGAUAUCCCAAGGAAAGACGUUCCCACCACAUCACUAGUGGAUGCCGUUGACCUAAAGUCUGCUCCCUACAGGUCGUCUGGUCUGCUGUUGCUCUUCUUCGCAAGUGAGAUACAUCGCAAGACUAUGUACUACGUCGAGAUCCUCAUCAAGCAGAAGCGAUACUCUGGAGUCGCUAUAAUUGGGAGUCACGAGCAUGAAAGCCCUCUGAAGCAGUUAAAAAUGGAUUUAUACGGCUUGGUCGGAAAGCUGGGCAGAGAGAUGGCCGUGCAAAUGUACACUCUUUCUGCGCCAAGUGAGAGCGAAGUUUUUGCUGUUGUGGACCGGGCCAUGAAGAGCGACGGCAAUGUGAGAAGCGUGCUUUGCGGCGUGGCGCACGAGAACGCAAGCGUAAGCGCAAAGGAUAUUGUUGAAAUUCCCGGCGGUGUCCUUGCAGACUCAUGGCAACGCAGCGUUGGGUACUUGCACGCUGUCGCAAGGACAACGAUACCGAUUCUGGCAGACCAACCGUCGCGCUCUGAACCGGGUUCUUUCUUCGUUCUCACCCCGGAAGACGCUGCCUCGCCCGUCGCACGGGUUAAUCAGGUCGCUUGCGACGAAACGUCACCGUGGAUCAUGCUGAACGAGCUCUAUUCCCCGAGCCGGAGCCCGAGGCGAUAG